CUUUUUACUCCCUCUGCUCCGCCUCUUUCCCUUCCCCGUUCCCCGCGUUCUGGUGCCGGGACCGCUCGCAACUGUUGUGGCUGCUGUCCCGCUGCCGCCGGGGUGGUGCUGACCGCGGAGCGCUCGGAGGCCCGUGAGUGUGAAUGUCGGGGACCUCCGCCGUAGCCGAGUGAGAGCACACCCCCGAGCUGGCGACAGACGGGAUGUUUUUCCGGUUGCUGUCGGCGGUCCGAAGACAAAGGCCCGGCCGAGGAUGGCGGAACUGGUCGUCAGGGAGGAGCGGCGCGUCGGCCGCCGAGGCGCAUUCCGUCACCCUGCCCACCCAGGCGCAGGUGGUCAUCUGCGGUGGCGGGAUCAUGGGCACGUCCGUGGCCUAUCACCUCUCCAAGAUGGGGUGGAAGGAUAUUGUCCUUUUGGAGCAGGGCAGGCUGGCUGCUGGCUCCACGAGGUUCUGUGCUGGCAUCUUGAGCACCGCCAGGCACUUGACCAUCGAGCAGAAGAUGGCAGACUAUUCCAACAAGCUCUACCACCAGUUAGAGCAAGAAACGGGCAUCCAGACAGGUUACAUAAGGACGGGCUCGGUCUUUCUGGCCCAAACUCAGGACCGGCUGAUCUCCCUGAAGCGCAUCAACUCAAGGCUGAAUGUCAUAGGCAUCCCUUCUGAGAUCAUCUCUCCCAAGAAAGUCGCCGAACUUCACCCUCUCCUCAACGUGCACGACCUGGUGGGGGCCAUGCAUGUUCCUGAGGACGCCGUGGUGUCCUCUGCUGACGUGGCUCUUGCCCUGGCCAGUGCUGCCUCUCAAAAUGGUGUCCAGAUCUAUGACCGGACCAGUGUUCUUCACGUAAUGGUCAAGAAAGGUCAAGUUUCCGGCGUGGAGACAGAUAAAGGACAGAUCGAGUGCCAGUAUUUUGUCAACUGUGCUGGUCAGUGGGCAUACGAGCUGGGUCUGUCCAACGAGGAGCCGGUUAGUAUCCCGUUACAUGCCUGCGAACACUUCUACCUUCUGACUCGCCCCUUGGAGACCCCUCUGCAGAGCAACACACCAACUAUUGUGGAUGCUGACGGAAGGAUUUAUAUCCGGAACUGGCAGGGUGGCCUCUUGUCUGGGGGCUUUGAGAAGAACCCGAAGCCCAUCUUCACUGAGGGCAAGAACCAGCUGGAGAUUCAGAAUCUGCAGGAAGACUGGGAUCACUUUGAGCCCCUGCUGAGUUCCCUCCUGCGUCGCAUGCCCGACCUGGAGACCCUGGAGAUCCUGAAGUUGGUGAACUGCCCCGAGACCUUCACCCCGGACAUGAGGUGCAUCAUGGGCGAGUCUCCUUCGGUGCGGGGCUACUUCGUCCUGGCGGGAAUGAACUCUGCCGGCCUUUCGUUCGGUGGAGGGGCUGGGAGGUACCUCGCUGAAUGGAUGGUGCACGGUUACCCAUCAGAAAACAUCUGGGAACUGGACUUGAAGCGUUUCGGAGCCCUCCAGAGCAGCCGCACCUUUCUGCGUCACCGAGUCAUGGAAGUCAUGCCUCUGCUGUACGAUCUGAAGGUUCCCCGUUGGGACUUCCAGACCGGGAGGCAGUUACGCACCUCCCCUCUCUAUGACCGGCUGGAUGCACAAGGAGCCAGGUGGAUGGAGAAACAUGGAUUUGAGAGGCCCAAGUACUUUGUGCCACCGGACAAGGACCUCCUGGCAUUGGAGCAGAGCAAGACGUUCUAUAAGCCAGACUGGUUUGAAAUUGUGGAGUCCGAGGUCAAGUGCUGUAAGGAAGCUGUGUGCGUCAUUGACAUGUCUUCUUUCACAAAGUUUGAAAUAACAUCCACCGGGGACCAGGCCCUGGAAGUCCUUCAGUACCUCUUCUCCAACGACUUGGACGUGCCUGUGGGCCACAUCGUGCACACCGGCAUGCUCAACCAGGGUGGGGGCUAUGAGAAUGACUGCAGUGUCGCACGCCUGAGCAAGCGCAGUUUCUUCAUGAUUUCCCCCACCGACCAGCAGGUCCACUGUUGGGCCUGGCUUAAGAAACACAUGCCGGAAGACAGCAACCUGCUUCUGGAGGACGUCACCUGGAAAUACACCGCCCUCAAUCUGAUCGGUCCUCGAGCUGUGGAUGUGCUGUCUGAGCUGUCCUAUGCCCCUAUGACUCCAGACCACUUCCCAAGUCUGUUUUGCAAGGAGAUGAGCGUGGGCUACGCGAACGGGAUCCGGGUGAUGAGCAUGACGCACACAGGAGAGCCGGGAUUCAUGCUUUAUAUCCCCAUAGAGUAUGCCCUGCACGUGUACAACGAGGUGAUGAGUGUUGGGCAGAAAUACGGAAUCCGGAAUGCUGGGUACUAUGCGCUUCGUAGUCUUCGAAUUGAGAAGUUUUUUGCCUUCUGGGGUCAGGAUUUAAAUACCCUCACCACCCCCCUGGAAUGUGGACGAGAAUCUCGGGUGAAACUGGAGAAGGGGAUGGACUUCAUUGGCCGAGAUGCUCUGUUGCAGCAAAAGCAGAACGGGGUGUACAAACGCCUCACCAUGUUCAUCCUGGACGACCACGACACCGACCUGGACCUCUGGCCAUGGUGGGGGGAGCCCAUUUACCGCAACGGGCAGUACGCGGGCAAGACCACCAGCAGCGCCUACAGCUACACCCUGGAGCGCCACGUCUGCCUGGGCUUCGUACACAAUUUUUCCGAGGACACGGGGGAAGAACAGGUGGUGACAGCAGAUUUUAUUAACCGGGGAGAGUAUGAGAUUGACAUCGCGGGACACCGGUUCCAGGCCAAGGCCAAGCUCUACCCGGUCACCUCACUCUUCACUCACAAGCGCCGAAAGGAGGACGUAGAGCUAAGUGACUUGCACGGGAAGUAAUGCUGGCGGCCUCACUUCCCCACCUACCCCACACCCUACCGCAGGGCUCCCCUCCGCCUCCCUGUCUGUCCUGACCUCUGCCUCCCAGCUCUCAGCUCCUUGAUGCCAUUUUAAACUUCACCUGCUUUUAAACCUUUUGCUUUGCAACCUCUUCUCCUUCCACCUUCCCCCCUCCCUUCUGCACUUUUCCAUCUACCACUCACUCCGGGCCAUUCCUCCCUCCCCUCUUCGCCCACCAGAUUCCCGUGGUGACAAGAAGCAUGUCUAAUGGGCAGGACAGGCGCCAGCUCCACCUGUGGAAGUAGGUAACCGGGACAGUCGGAUUUCUAAUGCUGUGUUUCGAAGCAAGGGAAGCUGGUGGUGUGCAGGCCUCAGGGCAGGAGUUCCGUGAGGCCAACUUUUCUCGGAGCGGUGGCUCGCUGUGUGUGUGGCUCAGCCCUGUGCGAGCGCGGGCCGUGCUGCCAGGCCAGGCGGAUCCCUCUCCCUUUCCCUGUGCCGUGGGCUGGCCCCCUGGUACCUCGAGCAGGAGGACGACCAUCUACCUCACCCCCGCGAGGCAUCCCGUGGAUGCUGUCUGGUCUCUAGUGAACAGCGGCCCUGGCACCAUCCCGAGGUCCCCUACCAACCUGGGUGUUACAGUGUCAGGCCGGGGCCACCGGCCUCAAAUUUUCUCCGUGUCUCGCUCAGCUCUCCAAGAGCGCUUGUCGGCCUGAGUAAACAAGCCAGUGUUGGAAAGGGAAAAACCAUGUUGCCUUUUGUGUUGCUUUUCCCGGCUGCAAGGGUCUGAUCUCAGAAGGUGCAGAGCCCCAAGGCGGUUUCCUGCUGCUAGAACGCUGCUGCUGCUUUCUGCCUCUAAGCUCAGUCUCUCCAAGCGCAUUUGACUUAGUCCAUCCUCCCUCCCCUGUCCCUUGUGCAGUGGGCCCUCAGCCAGUGAACACUGCGGUCCCUUUGGAACAGGAUGGUCGUGCGGUCUUGGCUGAGGAGCCAAACCUCGCUGGCCAUGCUGAGUUCGAGAGAGCUGCUGGCCUCCCCACUGUGGCUUCCUCUGGCCCAGAACAGACAGAUCCACACAGCGCUGACCACCCCCCACGCCCCUGCCAUGGGUCUGCUUUGAGUUCUGAGCGUGGAGAGAGUACAUCCUGAGUCUGCUCUCGGCCAGCCAGCGCUCUGGGGCUCCGGCAUGGAAAAGGGCCUGGGGCACCAGAAAGGCCCUCCAUGCUGUUAGGUAGGGGUCAGCUGGGCCACCUCUGCUGUUACAGAUUUUGAACUGUUUUCUUGGUAUCUUGGAUGCAUUAGCUCUAGUCAGGUCUCUGUACUAAAAAGCCUUUUGUUUUAGAGCAACUUAGAAUUCUCAGCUGUGUCUGCUGUGGCAUUUCUUGGGCUCUGUUUACUCAAUCAGACAGAUUCCUUCUAGACACUGCUUGCCAUUUCCCCAGCCAGACAACUCCUACUUGAUCACUGACUGCUUAAGGAGGUCUUAGUUGAUUUAUUAAGGGAGUAGGUAGUUAGAACUCUGUUCCCAGAGAGAUGCUGCCCCUGGGGAGAAAGGGGCAGCGCUAUUGCCCCACUGGACAGCAGGCGCAGCAGGGGCCCGACGGAGGAAGGAUCGCGGCGCUAGAGGCAGCCUAUGCUCUGUGCCACACUCAUCUUUGUAAAUGAAAAACUAUUUCAGGUUGAAUCUAAAAGACAUUCUAGCUUUAUUAGUUACUUAUAUCUUAGCUAUAAUUGGCAAGAUGUUAAUGUUCCGGGGCAUCGCUGUUUGUUGAGGACCCUGACACACACACUUCGCUUCUGACACUUGAACACUCGCCCUUGAAAUCUCUUGGUUAAGUCCGACUUCGUCAGUCUCAAUUCGGUAGUUUCCCUCUUUGCUCGUAACUGUGAGGGGGAUGACCCUUCCCUGCCUCCCCGCAUACCUGACAGAACGUCCGUCCCGCGGCGGUCAGGCCCCGUGCGUUACCGCGGAUGACCACUCGCCUCUCCCUGGAGAUCCCAGGGAUCCGGACUGCUGUGAACGGUGAGCGGGACUUUGUGUUCAGACACGCGGUCUUUUCUCUGAAAGGAUCCACUGUCACCUCUUGUGCUGUCUUGAUCUUGUGCUCUCUUGAGGGAGGGCCUCUGCGCUCUUCUCUUUGAAGCUAGAAACACAAAGCAUAGCGGCCUCAAGCAGAUGAAAACUCAGGGCUGCGGGUCCCUGCGGCCCCUCUCCUCCCCUGAAAUACCUGCUAAGCCCCCACUUCUGGCACCACGUGUAAAUCCUGGUUCCCGGCCCUACCACGGUCACUUGUCUUCUGUGGAAGCUUGCAGCGGAGAGACUCCCUGUGCGUACCAGAGCGCUCUAAUUUGGAAAACUUAAGAGCAAGGGACAAGAACUACCUGCUGUCCUCUAACCUGUGUCGGAGCCACAGAGCACCGCACAGGGGACCUGCUCCAGGAGAGAGAACCACACAAUCCCCCUACGUUUUUAGUGCUCUGCUGGGGGCAGGGGUCCCUCCCUGUGCCCCCGAAUACAAGAGCUGCCCUUCAGAAGAGGGGCACAGAGACCACUAGGCUCAGUGAUUAACCUCAGUUACCCCAUUUCUGCAGGAGGAGAAGCCUGCUGACUUGGCUUCUCACCAGAUCUGGUGUCCGUGGAUUCUACCUUGUACAGACCAACAGCUUUACCUCUUUCCCCUCUGAGGCAGUGAAACAAGUGAAAAGUAACAACUCCUUCCUCCACUACCAGACUCUGAGCGUAUUUGCAGUGUUCACCGCCCCCCCAUGCGGCGGGACUGAAGCUUUCUGGAAGCAGCUGACCCUCACUGGAGAGCUGACCCCUCACCUUGCUUUCUGGCUCGGUUCAUCCUCCGCCUGAUGGACACAUGUGCCGGCAUCUGAGUCUCUACCCUCCGCUGAGAACCUGAGGGAGAUAAAAGGGAAUCUUCUAUCAUCUGUCGUCAUAAUUCUGACCCCAGAAGGCUGCGUCCUGGCUGACUUCCAGGGUUCGCUUCCGGGUUCGGCCUGCUGUCUCGCCGCAGCUGCCCGACCAGUGGAAGCAGCGAAGGGCCCCUCUGGUAUCCGAGGUGGAGCUGUGGGCACCUUGCUUAGUACUGGAGAACUUUCCUACUGUUUCCAUUUCCUUUGGCACACUCCCCCUCCCCAAAUCUAUCAGAACGACAAAGGGAACAUUUUCACGAGUCGAGAACUGUCACUUGCAGGCGCAUGGGUUCGGAGCAGCACUGCAGAGGGCAGAAACGGUAGCUGACCCGGGAGUCUUCAGUUAGCUGACGGGGCGCUAACCAUGUCUCGCAGUAAGUCCUGAGCGAGCCCCGGGCUCUGCCUGGCAGCGCGUCCCCGGCAGCCCCCCUCGGCCUCCUCCACUUCAAGGUGCUGAGUUGUAAGGCUCCCCGUCAUCCGCACACGGCUGCGUCUGCAGCCGCUCAUCACUACAAAUGCACUAUUUUUCAAGAGAACUAAAUAUUUUUGUACGUCUUUGCCUUCUCUUUGUUCAUUAAACACCAGAGUUAUUCACUGUAUAAUGUGAUUCUUGACUUCUCCAAGCAGAGAAUCUGCAUCCCUUGAAGAAUUACACAUUUCUUCCUGAGCUUUCUCCUCAUAUCUAGAGGUACCUAUUUUUACCCUUCACAAACCUUUUCUGCCUUCUCGGUUUUCUGUCCAAGGACAGAAAUUACAAGAGGGUAGGAAGGAUAUUUUUAGCAUCAGUUUCAAAAGAUCUAUGCCAGGAUUUCCUUUGCACACCAAGAACUGGAGCUGGGAGCACCUCUUUUCAAGCCCGGUUCUCGUGCCUUACGCCAGGAUGUCCCACGGUGGGUGUAGGAUGAAAAGAAACUUCAUUUCAGUCUGAGGGUUCCCAGGCACCCCGCCACCGCCUCCCUUCCCCAGAGCAGACAGGUGAGGGGAAAAAGCUUCUGCGGCUUCUUUCACGGAGGGGUUUCUAGCAGCACAGUUAAUGCUUCACUCUCGAGCCUCCUCUUGGAUCCAGGAAAUGCCGUUGUGAUUAUCGUUCAGGCUGUAACUCCUCUUUUACGUCUCUAAGUGUGCAGUUGGCUUAGCCCCUUUUGGUCCCUCUGCAGUGUCAGCUUCUGGUGCUGAAGACAUCUGAGGCACUUUAGGGGAUGGGACUUUUUCUUGAGAACUCUGGUGACUUUAGGUACCCGGGGUGAAUUUCUGCCUCCAUGAAUGUGGUAUUAACAUUGUGCACUGUGUUUCUAUCAAGCCAGAUUCCAAUUCAGAUUUCCUUUUCAUGUUACUAAAUUUGUAAAUGAAUAAACAGACAUUUUAAUUAUC